UAACACUCCUCACUCCUAGGAUUCAUAUUUCCAACUCUCUCUCUCUCUCUCUCUCUCUCUCUCAUUGGCUCAAACACACUGAGCCUUAGAUCUCUUAGUCCAAUACUAAGUGAAGAAAAAAAGAAAAAAAAAGAAGAAGAAGAUAUAGUAGAGAGGCUCAAGAGCAAAGUGAGUUCAUUGAGAUCAAGUAGUUCACAUUAAUGGCUCAAUCCAUGCUCCUCUCUAGCCUCAGUGGCCACCCCUUGGCCUCUAAGAGAGACCCAUUGCUCCAAUCUCUUCGCCCGACACCGUUCUCUCAUCUUAUUUUCUCGCAAACCCCUCGCAAGGAACUUUCGCCUUCUUCUUCUUCUUCGUUUACUCCGACUCUUGCGGUUUUCAAGUCGAAAGCUAAAGCGCCGCCUAAGAAGUUAGAGAAGGAUGCCAAGGCUAAGGUUGAAGAUGGUAUUUUCGGCACCUCCGGCGGGAUCGGCUUCACGAAGCAGAACGAGCUCUUUGUUGGUCGAGUCGCGAUGAUUGGGUUCGCAGCAUCUCUACUGGGAGAGGCAAUCACAGGCAAAGGGAUUCUGGCACAGCUAAACCUUGAAACCGGGAUCCCGAUAUACGAGGCGGAGCCGCUCCUCCUCUUCUUCAUCCUCUUCACCCUCCUCGGCGCGAUAGGCGCCCUCGGCGACCGCGGGCAGUUCGUCGACGAGACUGCAGGGCUCGAGAAGGCAGUCAUUCCUCCCGGAAAGGGGUUCAAAUCCGCAUUAGGGUUAAAAGAAGGGGGUCCUCUUUUUGGAUUUACGAAGGCGAACGAGCUGUUCGUUGGGAGGUUAGCGCAACUCGGUAUCGCGUUCUCCCUAAUCGGCGAGAUCAUCACGGGGAAGGGAGCUCUAGCACAGCUCAACAUCGAGACGGGCGUGCCGAUCAACGAGAUCGAGCCGCUUUUGUUGUUCAACAUCGCCUUCUUCUUCUUCGCGGCGAUCAAUCCGGGUACCGGAAAAUUCAUCACGGAUGAGGAGGAGGCUUGAGGUGCAGGAGAUGAAUGCAGGAGUACUACAUGCUUGUUUUGUUACAUGUUUUAUGUGUGGUUGUUAGCCUUUUUAAUUUAUCUUGCUGAUGCUUUAUGUAAGUAAUUAAUUAAGUUGUCGACAAUGCAAUUAUUAAUCUCCAUAAACAAUGUGAUUAAUUUUCGGAAA